CACGACCACAGUCCCCACCCAACCACGAAAAUGAAGCGCAAACUGGAUGCGAAUGAUGUUCCUGUUCCUACCGGAGAGGUAGAUGGACAGAAGGAAGAAAUUACCUUUGCUGGCUUGGGACUUGACCCUCGGCUUCUCCAAGGAAUUGCAAAGCAGAACUUUCAAGCUCCAACCCCGGUCCAAGCAAAGGCUAUCCCUUUAGCAUUAGAUGGACGAGAUAUUCUUGCGAGAGCAAAGACUGGCUCUGGUAAAACAGCUGCGUAUCUGCUGCCAGUCUUGCAUUCAAUUCUGAAACGAAAAUUGACUCCAUCCACUCAAUGUACAUCCGCCCUCAUACUUGUGCCAACCCGCGAACUCGCGGAACAGGUCCACAAAGUAGUUGAAUCGUUCUCGGCCUUCUGCUCCAAAGACAUUCGAGCGGUCAACCUCACCCAACGGGUGUCCGAGGCAGUCCAACGAUCCCUCCUCGCAGAUUCCCCCGAUAUUGUCAUUGCAACUCCAGCUCGGGCUUCGUCAAAUCUCAAUGCAUCGGCACUCUCGCUCGAAAACCUUGCACAUCUGGUUAUUGAUGAGGCGGAUCUGGUCCUGUCUUAUGGAUACGACGAUGACUUACAGAAUGUUGCCAAGAUCAUGCCGAAAGGCGUGCAGACAAUACUGAUGAGUGCUACAUUGACGACCGAAGUCGAAACCUUGAAGGGACUCUUUUGUAGGAACCCGACAGUAUUAGAACUGGAGGAAGCAGAGGACGAAGGAGAGGGUGUAAGUCAAUAUGUUGUCAAGUGCGCUGAAGACGAGAAAUUCCUCUUAAUAUAUGUCAUAUUCAAGCUCAAAUUAAUCAAGGGCAAGUGUAUUAUAUUCGUGGCGGAUAUUGACAGAUGUUAUCGUCUGAAGCUAUAUCUGGAGCAGUUUGGGACGAGAAGUUGCAUUCUCAACUCAGAGCUGCCGGUUAAUUCCAGGAUACAUGUUGUGGAGGAGUUUAAUAAAGGUGUAUAUGAUAUAAUCAUUGCAUCUGAUGAGCACGAGGUAUUGGGUGAUGAGGAGCCGAAAGUUCAGGAGGUAGACGAAGAGCCUACAGAGGCUGGCAAGACAACUGAGGAUUCGAAGGAGGCAAAAACAGAACUUCAACCCUCGAAAAAGAAGCGCAAGACGGUGAAGAAGGAUAAGGAGUAUGGAAUUUCACGAGGGAUUGAUUUCAAAAACGUCGCUUGCGUCCUCAAUUUCGAUCUCCCUACAUCUUCCAAAUCCUACACACAUCGUAUUGGUCGGACCGCUCGAGCUGGUCAGACGGGUAUGGCAUUAUCAUUUGUCAUACCCUCCGAGCUUUAUAAGAAGCACAAGCCAACAAGUAUCGAGUCAGCAAAGGAUGACGAGAAAGUCCUGGCUAAGAUUGUGAAGCACCAAGCGAAGAAAGGAAAGGAGGUCAAACCAUACAAUUUCGAUAUGAAGCAAGUGGACGCGUUCCGAUACCGAAUGGGGGAUGCAUUGCGAGCGGUUACAGGGAUAGCGAUCCGUGAGGCCAGAACGAGAGAACUGAGACAGGAAUUGAUGAAGAGUGAAAAAUUGAAGAGGCAUUUCGAAGAGAACCCCGACGAUUUACAUCAUCUUCGACACGACGGCGAGUUACGGCCUGCAAGAGUGCAGUCGCACCUGAAACACGUACCCGAUUAUUUAUUGCCGAAGGAGGGAAGGAAGAGCAUUGCGGGUGGGGAUGUUGGAUUUCUCGGCUUGAGAAAGACCAGUGAGAAUCGGAUCAGGAAAGCUAGGAUGGCGAGCAAGUCAAAGGGUAGAGGCAGGAAGGUCGUUGGCCGGAGAUCAGAUCCUCUGAAGACUUUCAAGGCUAAAUCGCGAAGCUAGAUUAUGAGGAGGCACUAUUCCCCGGCUUCCCGAUUUAGGAAUGUCUGCGGUAUGAGGUACGAGUGCAGAAUGAUAUCCUUCCUAUUCCUGUCAUAUAUUAGAGCUUCCACCACCCAUUGUGAAUUCAUAUCCAUGAGUUUGAUCGGGCGAAGACUUACAAGUACCACUGAUACCGGGACAACUGGUUAUCACCUUUGAAGCUAGGCUUCUGAAAGUCCAGCAAAGUUUUUGUUGAUAGAAGUAUUGAGUCAGUCACACUCUCCUAGUCUUCAGGUCAGUCUUGGUGACCUAAAUUUACUUGCAGU